CUGUGUCUUCCAUUUUGAAGCCAGAGGGGCAGCAGAUCUGGCGAGGAGUGUUCCUGCAAGAGUGGUAAACCCCGUAUAGAUCUGUGGCCGCGUGGAGGGGUUGUUUAUCCGGGCCGAUCGCAUGGCGGUGGGGCUUCGGGAGGCUCGGCCGCUCCUAGUCCUGUCAUCCAAACAUCCAAGCUCAAAGCUCAAAGCUCAAUUCGAUGGCGGUUCUCAGUUCCCUACUUUAGCUGUCCUGUCGAGUACUUUUACUGGUUCUCCCCCAGAAUCUACGGCCUCUACAUCGGCACCAAUCUCAAAAUGCCUACUUCGCGUUCCUCCAAAGCCUCUCUGGCGUCCCGCCCCACGCUCAACAUCGCCGCCUCGGACGCGAUCGUGCACUUCCAAAGCGUUACGUUGAUCGAUGCCCCGGUACAGGAAGUUUGGGAUGCUCUCGUGGACACCUCGACCUGGCCAUCCUGGAAUAGAUUCGUUCCUCGAGUCACCAUCCGCCAGCAACCCGCGUCCGAUUCUCCCUCAAAUCCCUCCCCCGUCCUCGAAGCGGGGACGCGGAUGACCUUCCACGUCAAUAUGAAGCCAACCUCCCCCCAACCGCAGCCCGAUACAGAUACGAUGCUGAUGGUGGCUGAGCGAGAUGCGCCUAGCGCGAGCAAGAAGCUCGGUCGGAUUGUGUGGGUCAACGAUGCGGCGGCCCAGGGGCGCGUUCUGGCGUCGUUGCUGACGGCAGAAAGAGUCCACGAGGUGUCGGAGGUCGAAGUCCAGGACGAGGAGGGGCAUGUGAAGCGGGUUACGGAAGUGCGCAACUGGGAGGCACAGAUCGGGGUGCUGGCCUAUGUAGUUCGCUGGAUGCUUGGGGCGCGGCUGGACGAAUGCUUUGACCUGUGGGUGCAGGACUUGAAGGAGUACGUUGAGAAGACCGGGGCAAGGGGAUAAUGAGCCAUGCUUCUCGCACCUCGCUUCGGACGGUACAUGCCAUACGAGCUUAACCUUGAUAUUCCUUCCUCCUUGCUGGCCCGACUGCUAGGGAGAUCUGUAUUGCUGCAUAGUUUUACCCCGUAAUGAAAUCGCCAAUCUCACACACACACUCUCUCUUCCCCCCGGAAUCGAUUCGCAGACGGAGAGACCACGAACUUCCGAGGCCAGCCCCGUGCGCUCUUGGCACCGGAUUUCGCGGGAGUGCUACCAGUUGGACAAUUGGACAGGUCACAACCCGAAAGAUUCGACGACGGCAGUGGAUCUGGAAGCAAAGUGUUGGGACUGGGAGUCGGGGGUGCCCGAGG